GUGAGGACACACACGGUGUCAGAGCAUCCGCAGGAGGACAUGUAGUUUGAAGUUUAUCUACAGCGGGAAGAUUUGUUUUUUAGUUUCUUUUAUUUUUGUUGUUUUGUGUUUAGUUUGGGAGGAUCCUCAGGUUGUUAUCACAGGAAUACAAACAUCCGCAGGAGAAAAUCUCGGUCUGAGCAAAGAUCUUAUAGAGCGGAGAGAGUAUGCAGCCUUCGUCAGGCACUCACCACCAUGACAACUGUGUUCAGACGCAACUGUGCGCCCAGCUGGAGUUCGUCCAGAUCCUGGUGAUCGUGGUGGUGAUGAUGGUAAUGGUGGUGGUCAUCACCUGCCUGCUGAACCACUACCGCCUGUCAGCACGCUCCCUCCUUUCCAGACACGCCCCAGCACGCAGGAGACACCUGCCACUGGCCAACGAGGGAUGUCUGUGGUCUUCUGAGGGUACGGGGACCAGCAGUGGUCUGAAUGAGCACCAGGUGUAUAACCCACGCCCUCCAGACAGAGGAGUCCCCUCGUCCUACCUGCAGCGGGAGCCUCAGCAUGCCCAGUCCCAGUCCCAGUCCCAGCCUCCCCUCCAGUCCCAGCGCUUCCAGCACACUUACGCCCCGACUCGCUUUCAGCCGACGUACCCCUACCUGCCCCAGAGCCUCAUCGAUCUCCCCCCCACCAUAUGCCUCUCAGAUGGGGAGGAACCCCCGCCUUACCAGGGCCCCUGCACCCUGCAGCUUCGAGACCCGGAACAACAGAUGGAGCUGAACCGCGAGUCGGUCAGAGCGCCGCCCAACCGAACAGUGUUCGACUCCCACCCCCUCGACCCAUCCAGCUCCUGUCUGCAGGCCAGACUGCAGGCCCCUCCUCCAAGCGUCCACUCAGGUGUCAGUGUGUUAGAAGCCCAGGAGGCCUUGUCCCGGCACCAGAAGCAGGGCUCUCGAGUAGAAGGAGCUCCGCCAACCUACAGCGAGGUGAUCGGGCACUACUACCACCCGACGUCCCUGACCCCCAGCCACAACAGUCGGACUGUGUCAUCCUCACAAGCACCGCCGUCCUCGUUCAUACACGGCCUGCUCCGACCUCCGCCUCAGCAGCAGGGAAGCGUGGACAACAGGAACGUGAGGAAUACGAAGGAGAAGUCCCAGAAGCCACAGCAGGUGUGACAGUACUGCUUCCUUAUUCCUAGCCUGUGGGAAAACCAGGAUUUUUUUGUCUGCUCGCGACUUGGGAAGUGGUCAGUAGUCAAUGAGGAACAACCUGGUGAAUGGUAACACCCCUCUGAAUGGUUUAAGGGCUGGUUAGUUGUAGUUGUAGUCCCAAUUCACGGAUCGGGCUAGGACUGGGAAGAAGCGCACGCUGGCUUCUCGUCAAGAACACCUGGAAGCCACAUCGCUCCUGCAGAGCACAGUUGCAGGAGAAAAUCUGGUACUUCCUGUUCCACGGCUUCUUACUUCCUGUCUAAGGAGCACUUCAGAUGAACCGAUGAUGAUGUCAGAGAAGAAGGGCAGAAGGUGCAAAGGGAAGGGCGGCUACAGAAGCCUCCUCCUUCUUCCCUAACGCCACCUCGUCCCUUCUCUACUGGACUGAUCUAACUUCAUUCAUAUAAAUAUUUACUUGUUCUGUUUGUUUCUAUAGAACCUUUUGUUUGUUUGUUUGUCUUUUUCGCGCUUACAGAAAAUCUUUCUAUCCAGGCAAAUGACGAAACGUUGCAAUCUUCUUGGUUCUUAAAGGUUUUGUUUUGUCCUGUAGUGAUAAUCCCCCCUCGCUGCUUUGACAUCCGUUUAGUUCUGUUUCACGUUCACGACUGCAUCGGCGGCGACUCCUGCACCGGGCUUUAGCUGUAUCACUGGGACGUGUUAGCACGUUAGGAUAUUUCCAGAAAGAGUUUAGAUAUAGUUAGCUUUAUCUUAAACUAGCUUACCAGUCGUAGCACAGUGCUAAUUGUCCCCAAGCUAAAGGUUUCUGCCUUAUAUCGACCAACAGAUGCAGGAGUUGCCACUAAAAUCCUUUUUAGUUUUUUUAUCUUAUGUUUUCUAAAGAAGGUUUGCACAAGACAGUUCACCACAGAAAAAGAAUCCGCAAUAUGAUUGACGUAAGAGAGAAAACAGAGAAAGUAGGGGUAUUUUUCUAAACUUGAUAGAUUGUUACGAGUAAAGAUGUUUUUUUCUGUUUUUAUAUGUUGUCUAGUUUUAGAAAAAGAACAUCAUUGAUCUGUUGCCAACUUUCACGUUGAACAUUUUGUUGCAUACAUGUUAUUACAUUUUGAGUAUAUAUACACACAUGUAUGCAAACCGAGAGCGAACUUAAAAGCACGAAUUUAGAGUUAUUUAUAUAAUUGCUGAAAAGAAUUGCACUAUUUUUUAGUAUGCGCAGAUGGAACGUGUGAGAGAGACUUUUAUUGUGAAGGAGCUCUGUGUAUUGAGGCAUAAACAGAACGAGAGACCUGAAACCAUGGGGACUCACCAGAGGGUCGGACCUGCUCGGUGCACAGCGACCUAUCACAACAACAUAUCAUGGGGAGAUUGGUUCAACGGACUCGGAUCAACCGUUACUGUACCAUUGAUAUAUAAAAAAACAAAUCCCUCAUUUAUGCAAACGUCCGAGUCCUGCGAGCUAACCGCAAGUCAGUGUUCAACCUGUGGGCCCAAUCAGAAACUCUGCUUGUAGCUCUCUCUCUCUCAUCCUAUUGGCCGAAUCGUUUGCCAAUCCCAAAGCUGGCUGUCACUACCUCGACCAAACAAGCCAAGCACAGUUCGCUCACGUUGAUCAGACUCUGUCACAUUGAUCAGACGUCUGAACUAAUCACGACAAUGUGUAAUGUAACAGUAGAGUAGAGUAGGAAGUAGUCGAGUUUUUAAUCCUGCUGUGUGUUAUUUUAUUCGAAUGUCAGAAUUUUUGUUCGUCGGGUGAAAAGAGAGAGACACAAUGCAGACCCAGUGACACCUAACGCCCCCUCUGUAGUACACUACGGAGGAGCCAGGUCACCCUACAGGCCCUAAAUGAGUGAUACGCUGACUGUGCACCGCUGUGGCCGCACACACACACACACACACACACACACACACACACACAUUAGACCAACAUGUUUGGUCACAAACACCUCCAGUUUCAUCUUUCCUGCCUUCGCAACACACACAGUCCCCUCUGGUGAGUCUCUUCUCUUGCAGGCAUCUCUAAGCACUUUACUGCAGCAGGAACGAGACAACAAUCUUCGGUCAGCCAGCGUCAGACGAUAAAAACUACGGUAGAGCCCUUUAAUAUUCUAGGUUAGAUUCCCCGACCUUUAGAGCCACGAUUUUAAAAGAUGCAAAGAGUUGUGCUCUGAAACUUUAAAUAUCCUUCAAGUGGAAAACAAAUUCUAACUAUUACAACAUUUUUGAUGCCUUACUUUGAGAAAUAAAGAAGUGUUUUGCCACAAAAUCCUUCUUUUUAUUUCUCAAAUGUUAAAUUUUCGUUAUACAAGCAGCAGUACAAGAACUUUGGUGAAAUAAAAUACAGUAUGGAAUUGGCAAAAACUUUUAUUAAAAUUAGGAACUACCUUAUCAAAGAAUUAGUAAAAAAGUGUCAAGGUUUGAUACUCAGUUGAAGUAACGACUUUUAACGACUUCUAGCAGCAGUUAAUUGUAUUUUUAUUUUGGAUAUUUCACUUUUGGAGCAGAACUCUUUGCGCGCUGAACGCAGCACGAGAUGGGUUGUCGCAAACUAGGCACGCCGAAGUGUUGAAAAGUGACACGAGUGUUAAUAGCAACUCGUCUCGUGUAGUCUCUUUGAGAGCGUCGGACUAAAGGUCGAGCUUUAGCUUACUGAUGUAGAAGAUUAGAACAUAUUUGUAGUUUUGUCUUUUAGUUGUAUCUUGUGUAAAAGUGUUCGAUGGAGCCUCCACUCUGAAGUUGAACUAUUAUCAAUGUGAAGGCGCCCUUUAGAGUCCAGCCUUUAUGCAACAGCGCCCUCCACAGGGACCGAACCAAACCGCAGCCAAAACUCCUGAAACUGAGUCCGCUUAACUUUUCAGCCCGAGGAGAGGAGAGAGUCAAAAGGCCAAAAAAAAAGAUACUGUAUAAUUUUUUUAAUCUGAUACGGUGAAUCCUGAAAUCCUUUGUCUUUUCUUUCACAUGUCAUCAUAACGUCAUAACGAGUUUCAGAGCGAAACAUCUGAUUGUCUGAGAGAUAAAUCCUGGUGAUCUUUAAAAACCUUUAACAGCACUUAGCUCUGUUUUGAAGUUCCAGAAUCCUUAAAGAGUCUUUUAAACAUCUUGAUAAAAAUUCAGUCGCUGUGCUAUUGUGCAGCAGAUUUUAUCUAGUUUGUAAGUUUUCUGGAAAUACAUUAUCCUCAAAACACAUUGUGGUGUGUGCUCACCGCUGUCUGGAUUUGUUAAAAGAUUUUCAGUUAUUUACCCUUCAGAAAAACAGAUGCUCAGCUCUGUGACUCGACUGUAGCUCUUCUUAAACAGCGAUCACCCUCAUUAUUUUUGAUUUUUCUUUUUACAUAGCAAAACGAGCUCUUCCUCAGAUAAACAGAGGAAGUUAUUAAUCUUAUGUUGUGUGAAUCCUGCCUUAAACUUCACUACAACAACUACAUCAGGUUGACAAAUAAUCAAAAGCGAUUCACCUGUCUCUCUUUCUCCUUUUGUUCCUGUGCUGAUCUGCCAUAUUUUAUUUAAUGACGAGCACUUAAAGAAAAAAAAUCACGAUAUAAAGAAAUUAAUCUCUUGACCCAAAGCAGCUAAAGGAGCAAUGAGUGGAUCAAUCAAAGUGUGAAUCAACUUUGACCUCAGAUUGAGAUUACGAGCCCGGUCCCGACACAAGUCUCGAUAACUUGACCCUCUCUUUCCUUUUCUUUCCUCUUCCCCUCCGCCAGUAUUAUACUCGUGUUCGGACAGGGCUGUUCCCUUUUUCAAAAUGGUUCGAUUCCCUGCCCUGGAGGGUUUGCAGCGGGUAUGAGAAGGCUGGAUCGGCUCUGAUCAGGGCGCCACAGUAGAAUAAACGAUAGUAGUGAUUAAUCUAAUGUAGAAGUAAAACAGUGUAGGAUCAAUCUCUCACUUCAGGGAAAACUUGCGCUGGCUGACGACACAAAAAGAAAAGACAGGAGGGGCGAGGAGGGGAACACAAAUCACACAUUUAGUCACACAGAUGAAAUGAUUAUACUGCAUAUAUGCUGCUGAUACACCACACACUGCCUUCACGUACACGCUGGUGUGUUUACAUGCAGAGACAACAGAUUUACAGCCCUUUAGUUCUUUAAUAACUGUAAGUUCAGCUAUUUUUCAACCCGGAUCCUAUUUGACAUGUUUAAAGUGACUAAUGGAGAGAAAACAUUUCCAGUUGGUCCAGUGUUGAGAAAAAGUGCUGCAGCCGGCGGCAAAACAAGCUGCAGUGUAAACGCUCGGGGCAUUUGUGCACCUUUACGUCCACUAAGAGUGUUUGUUUUGCCACUGACAGACUCAGAUUAUUAUUGUGUAAUAAGUGUCUGACAGUAUUAUAGAAACAAUCCCUACAGAGAGAGACCUGUUUGUUGAAGAGAAAAAUCCUUUUUUUAAACCAGAAGCAGCCCCAAAGUUGGUCCCGUCAAACCCACCAGACUCCAUUUAAAUAAAGAGUAAUUUAAGCGUGUAUAGAGGCAGCGCAUUUUAACAUCUAACUGUGCAAAUUAUUAUGAUUAAGGGUUUAUUUUAACCCAACUGGAGUUAGUGAUUGUUGGAACAGUGCGAAGACAAAGCAAAACGGCUUUUUUGUGUUUAAUUUUGUCUCAGUUGACAUUGGAUGAAGUUUGUUUUAUGAUAUUAAAAUCUCUGUUUAUUUGAAUGGAGUCUGGUGGGUUUGGCGAGGGCUAUUUCAGGGCUGCUUGUGGUUAAACAUGAAGGUAGAUCUCUGUUGGGAUCCUUUCAAUAAUGUUGUCACGCUUAGAAUAACAAUCUGAGCCUGUCAGAUGCAAGUGGAUUCAAGGUGACAUUGCACGAUUGCCCCAGGUUGUUAUGUUGCAGCUGGUUAUACUGGUAAUACUGGACCAAUUAAAAAACCAUUCGUCUUUUUGGUCACUUGGACACAAAAUGAUGGAAAAAUAUGGUCCAGGUUGAAAAAUACUUCAGCGACCCUUUAAGUGGAGUCGAUUGAGUGAAACCCACAUUAGCUGUCGGUCACGUCUGAAACCAAUCAUGUCUCUGUCUCCUAAAAUGUGUCCAAGUCAGUAAUAAUCUGUUUGAACUGGUCACACACGUCUCUUUGCUUUAAGCCAGCGUGAAGGCAGAGUUACAACAAUGUUUUUGUAAAGUCAGCGGACUUUUCCCAGAGCAGAGUGUGUGUGUGUGUAUGUGUGUAUGUGUGUGUGCUGUUAAUGUACACUGACUUGCCCUGGGAAAGACCUCCAGCUGUCUAGACAAAAACUAAACACACUCACGCAGAGCAGACUAAACAAACUUACCUAAGAACCAGACCUUGCACACACACAGGUGCACCUUCAUUCAUGCACACACUCUUAUUGUGGACCACACAAGAUCGCAAAAACAUUUAUCUAACACACACACCUGGCCCUCAUCCUCCUCCUCCUCCUCCUCCUUCUUCCUCCUGUCUCAACGAGCUUUCCUGUUCCCUAGAGAUGCCUGCUGUCCAAUGACAGAGCUCCUCUCAGACCGGCCCUCGCUGCCAUUGGCUGUCUGUCCGUCGGUCUCCGUGGAAACGUUCAUGUAUUAUUGUUGCUAUGUCGUACAAGUGUGCCUGCCUGCGCUGAGACGGGCGAAACGUGAGUGGCUAGUUUGGGCUGUCAAUCAUCCCGGGCCACGCCUCCUUACUGUCUCAGAUGAUGAUGAUGAUGAUUGGAUGAUGAUGAUGAGAUUGAGGAUGAUGAAGAUUGAUGUUUUUGAUAGUGAUGCCGCAGAGAGCGUUGCAAUACACCUACUAUUUGCCUUUUUGAUAUUAGUCAUUUUAACGUAGUGUGCUAAGUGUAAAGUUUUUUAUUGUUGUUGUUAUUGUUGUUGUUUAUUCACUUGAGAACAAAAAAAAGGUCAUUUUACUUCAAUCCAUCGAUCACACUUUUUUAUUUUAUUUGUAAAACCAACUUUGAGAGUGUAAAACUACCUAACACACACAAACACACACACACACACGCUGCAGAUCACUGGGCGGAGCUGUAAAUACAAGACAACGUGCGUCUGCUUUAAAGUGCCAUUUCACCGUUUGUCAGAGGACGAAAACUCGCGCAAACCACCGCUCAUUCAGUCGCGAGCUCUUCCUCCACGCACUUACGAGUCCGAGUACACGUCUCUGUGCAUGUUAACAUCAAGUCCUGCUCACCCAAUUCGUUCACUGCACCCCUAAUCAUCACCUCUCCUCGCCCGGCCCAGCGUCUACAUGUGUGCCUUCUGGUGUCCCGGCUCAACGGAGACCUCGUCCGUCUGUAAAACACUUCCCCUCAAAUACUCCAGUACUGUUGCCUUUUGACAGACGACACCAAUGUGUUCAUGAAAUACACCUGAUGUAUGGAAGCCCAUUCAGGUCAAGAAAGAGGGAGAAAUGGAUCAAAUGUGAGGAGUGAUAAAAACAGAAAUACUCAGAGAUUUAUUUUGACAACAUGGACGAAAAAUCUUUAGUGUGCUUUGAAGAAAAUGUAAAUGUGAACCUCUACAUAUCCAUGACAACUGAGAAAACAAUCUGCUGAGGAAGAUUGUUUGAUGCAAUUGAAAGCUCCAGAAACAGCUUAGGAGUUGUUGUGGUUGUUUUGGUCAGAAAUACUCAAAAUUUGGACUUUCUGAGUAAAGAAUUGGACUUAAUGAGCCAAAAUUAGAGGAAAAUUAUAAUUAUAAUUACACAAUUUUUUUUUUAACUUGACAUGAAUUUUACUUGAACCUUUAUUAGCUGUUAGCCCCUUGAGAUGAACCAUCUUGUAUUCAAGGGGGUCCGACACAAACCAUACAUACAUGGCUUAUUUUUUACUUAGUGUCUAAUAAUUUUGAGUAUUUUUUGUUUUAUCAUUCAGAUUUUUCAUCUGUUUUUCUUUACCCAUUUUCCUGGCGUGUAUGGGCUUCUAUAGAGAUAAAGAUAAAUAAUGUUGUGUUUCUAGGGAUGUCGGAAAGUUUAAGUGUUGUAACGUCUACAAUGAACUUCACUGAAGUUGUAUUUUUCGCACAGCGUGACCUCAAAUGCGUCACAUUGUCAUGGUGCUGAAAAAAUGAAAAGCUCAGUCGCAUCUGAUUUCAGCUGUUGGGUCAUGAAACAGUGAAACUCCUGCUUUUUAAAUUUUGGCUCGAGGAACUACGAAGCCACCAGCUGGGAUUUUUGUCUCACUUUAUACAUUUAAUGGAACGCAACAUAAGAAACAGCACCGGAGCCAACAUGGCUGCCAAAAAAAAUUCAACAAAAAUAAUAAUCUAACACAUUCAAAGACACUACAGCCCCGUCCUCUGUCCACUGCAUCGUUAAAGACAUUUCCAAAGAAGGAAUCAUCCUAAACAAGACUCUUGUUGCUUAAAAAAAAAACAAAAAAAAACCAACAAGAGUUACACCUGACUUGAACUUUUCUGUUUUUUGUUUCUUGGGUGAAACACUUUGCUUUACCGAAGCCUUUUCCCAGCUCCUGUUGUAACAAAAACACAUCCUGGUACCAGUUUGAAAGAAGAACUCGUUCAAGUCGUGUUUUGUUGCUGCUCAGACUGGAGGAAGGUGAAGCGUAAGAGAAAACUGUUUUGCCCUUUUUGUGUUUUCGCUCAUUCUGCCUGUUCUUUUCUGCUCUGCUCUUUGAAUCAGCGCUGCACGGCGCCUCCUCCUCCGACAAUGUUGAAGAAAAUAUAUGAAAACACUCUCUUUUGGUUGCAGUCGGUAUGUGUGCAUAUUUAAACAAAGCCUCGAUAUCUUACAGGACGCGGCGGCGCUCUGUCGCUUGUCCACCGCAGUGACUAUUGUAGAAGUCUUCCAGCUGUUUUAUCCUGCAAGCAUCUAAAAAUGUGGGACUUGUACAAUAGAUCCGUUUGUCGUGGUCAGGAUUCCUACAUGUGGCGUGUGUCAGAUAAGACAUGAAGGAACUCUGACCUGUUUCUGUUGUAAAACACUCAGCAGCAGGCUCGUCAUCGUCCUCUCGCCGCAGAGGGAGGAAGGUGACGACUGCUGACGUAACUCCAGUCUGUUCUCUGUUCACAGCAUGGCUCACAUACUUAUAUAGAGGCCUACUUAUUCUCAAUGAUAAUAAUUGCUUAUUUGUGUAUUAAAAACCGUUUAUUUUAAUUUAUAUUGAAUGGUCUACGUGUUGCAAAGGUUUGUUACGUUGUUAUUUUCUUCUCUGUUUGUUGCAAACAGAAGACAAUGGUUUAUCGUUGUUGUCACAGAACAUGGUAUGAAUCGGACACAUUGCAGUUAUAGCCUUCGAUUUAAAAAAUAAAUAAAAAAGUUUUAUAAAUA